GAAGCGUCGCGGGCUCCUGCGCACCAUCUCCCCGGCUCGGGAGCCCUAUGCCCGCCGCGCCACCAGCCGCUGCCUGUAGUCUCCAGCCCCGCGGCGCUUGCCGCAGUCGCCGGCAGCGGAUCACCCGCGAGCGCCCAGGUCUGGCCCGGCCCGGUCCGCGGCCUCCGGUACCCGGGAUCCUUCAGUGCCUAGGGGAGAAAGGAGACCUGCUUUCCGCCGCCGAGCUGCGCUCCUGUUCUUGGGCCACCCCAUUGCGACCCCCACGCGCGACAGCUCGUGAUCAAGCGUACUCACACGCCCACCCUCCUCAGAGAGACUGCCCCGACCGGAAGGCGGGAGUUCGCCUCCUGCUCCCACCUCCCCAGCCGUGCCUCUGGCCAGGAGCCCCACCCCCAUCCUUAGGCAUCCCCGGUGGCUCUAUUCCAUUCCAGGGCUCUCAUCCAGCCCCAGCCCAACUUUCAUGGACUCGGCGCAUCGGUACCCCUCCCCAAACUUCUUACCCGAGUACUCCAGGUGGCCCCGCCAUAGGAGGCGCCCCUACAAUCUCUCCCCGACCUCUUGUAAUGGUUGCUCGGUGACCUAAGAACCCUGUUUUGCCACCUACUCCUCUGAGGUGCAGUUUUUACCCAUCUUGCUUUCUCUUCCUUUGGCUUCACCCUGUAUCCGCAUUCACCAUAUCCUGUCCUGGUCCUCAACCCUAGUCCCCAUGGUUCCAGAGCCCGGCCCUGUCAACAGUAGCACCCCAGCCUGGGGCCCCGGGCCACCGCCAGCCCCAGGGGGCAGCGGCUGGGUGGCCGCUGCGCUGUGCGUGGUCAUCGUGCUGACGGCAGCCGCCAAUUCGCUGCUGAUCGCGCUCAUCUGCACGCAGCCCGCGCUGCGCAACACGUCUAACUUCUUCCUGGUGUCGCUCUUCACGUCGGACCUGAUGGUGGGAUUGGUGGUGAUGCCCCCAGCCAUGCUGAACGCGCUGUAUGGGCGCUGGGUGCUAGCUCGCGGCCUCUGUCUGCUUUGGACCGCCUUCGACGUGAUGUGCUGCAGCGCCUCCAUUCUCAACCUCUGCCUCAUCAGCCUGGACCGCUACCUGCUCAUCCUCUCGCCGCUGCGCUACAAGCUGCGCAUGACAGCCCCGCGUGCCCUGGCGCUCAUCCUGGGUGCCUGGAGCCUCGCCGCGCUGGCCUCCUUCCUGCCCCUCUUGCUGGGCUGGCAUGAACUGGGCAAAGCUCGAACAUCUGCCCCGGGCCAGUGCCGCCUAUUGGCCAGCCUGCCUUAUGUCCUCGUGGCGUCCGGCGUCACCUUUUUCCUGCCUUCGGGUGCCAUCUGCUUCACCUACUGCAGGAUCUUGCUGGCUGCCCGCAAGCAGGCGGUGCAAGUGGCCUCGCUCACCACGGGCACGGCUACGGCUGGCCAGGCCUUGGAAACCUUGCAGGUGCCCAGGACACCACGCCCAGGGAUGGAGUCUGCUGACAGUAGGCGUCUGACCACCAAGCAUAGCAGGAAGGCCUUGAAGGCCAGCCUGACCCUCGGCAUCCUGCUGAGCAUGUUCUUUGUCACCUGGCUGCCCUUCUUUGUGGCCAGCAUAGCUCAGGCCGUAUGUGACUGCAUCUCUCCAGGUCUCUUCGAUGUCCUCACAUGGCUGGGAUACUGUAAUAGCACCAUGAACCCUAUCAUCUAUCCCCUCUUCAUGCGGGACUUCAAGAGGGCCCUGGGCAGGUUCGUGCCGUGUGUCCACUGUCCCCCGGAGCACCGGGCCAGCCCCGCCUCCCCCUCCAUGUGGACCUCUCACAGUGGUGCCAGGCCAGGCCUCAGCCUGCAGCAGGUGCUGCCCCUGCCUCUGCCACCCAACUCAGAUUCAGACUCAGCUUCAGGGGGCACCUCGGGCCUGCAGCUCACAGCCCAGCUUUUGCUGCCUGGAGAGGCGACCCGGGACCCCCCGCCACCCACCAGGGCCCCUACUGUGGUCAACUUCUUCGUCACAGACUCUGUGGAGCCUGAGAUACGGCAGCAUCCACUUGGUUCCCCCAUGAACUGACCAGGUCAAGAGCUGGCCAGCGGAGGCCACAUUCCCAGAGGCCUCAGCCCAUUCUCCCUAAGAGUGGGAGGUGGUAGGUCUCCCGAGAGCAUGCCGAGUGUCCUGAGGGAUCCUCGGCUAGCCCCCAUCUUCUACUUGAAGGCUCCUUGACAUGAGAGAUAAUCUGAAACAUCGUAGGGUAUUCCAGUACAAUGUUGCUUGUGGUUUGUGUAGUGUGGCUGGCGGGGGGUGGGGGGCAGUGUCUCGGAGCUGUGCCAUUUGGUUCAGUUCAGCAGGAAAGCAAUCAGUCCUCAGCCCUUUUUGUUAAGUGGGAAGAACGUAUUCCUCUAGACACCCCAGUUCCUGACUGGCCCAAUCCUGUUAUCCAAAGUGCCAUCUCUGGGUUGUUGGGGUUCCUGUAGGCUCUGGGGAGCUUAUUCAAAGUGCCCACCCCUCUGGAGAUGGGCUCAAUCGACAUUGUAUGUUCAUGAGCUUUGCCAAGUCUGCCUUUGCUGAACUUUCAGACCUGCCAGCCCCUAGGAGGGGGGUGGCAACUUUAAGAAGUAGCUUAGGCUGGAGGCUGGGCAGCCAGAAAUAUGACCUUUUCCUCAGCUGUAUGCUGCAUUUCUUGGGCUUGGCACAGGUCUCAAGGUAGAGUAGGAGUGAUACCACCUGUAAGACAAUGUGGAUGGUAUGCCCAGAACCUGUGAGGGGCCAGUGGGUGGUAAAUCCUAUUGCUUUAACUCUUGGUUAGCCGGAUUCUGGCUCUGGUAGAAGGGUAGCAAGUGUCCCUCCCUCCUUCUUCCAGCCUUCCCUCCCUCUCUCCCUCCCUCCCUCCCUCCCUCUCUUCCUUUUGUUUUGAUUUGUUCUAGGCUCUCAAGUAACUCAUGUUUCCCUAUGUGGCCAAGGAUGACCCUGAACUUGUAAUCCUCUUGCCUCUACCUCCCAAGUGCUGGGGUCACAGGGAUACACCACACACCAGAUUAUAUGGUGCUGGGGGUGAAACUCAGGGCUUCAUGCAUUCUGGGAAAGCACUCUACCAGUGGAGCUGUGUCCCUAGGGCCUCCUGUUUUCUGUUAGGUCAGCCUCACAUAUACUAGGCAAGCGCUCUCCACGGGGCCACAUCUCAGCCCCAUUGUCUAUUCCAGCCCAGAUUGGGCUCCCAGCCUCCUUGCUUUGCUGGGUGGAGACUGUACCACUCAGGGACUCUUUCUAGUCCCAUCCUGUUCUUCUGCCUCUAGAGGCCCAGGGGAUGGUGACAGAUCCUGUACAACCUUAAGUGUGGGUUUCCUCUACCCCAGCUUCCCCAGCUGAUGGAGGCAGAGCAGCCCCUCAUCCUGCCUGUCCCCUUUGGUUCUUCCUAGGGUCACUGAAAGAAAGAACAGCUGCUUGGGUAGGCAGCAUACAGCUGAAGAGGGAUGUGUGCCCCUGGCUUGGGGGUGAAGCCACAGACAGGCAGGUGGGCUCUGGUUUGGCACGGGGCUUGCAUUUGUGGGUAAGGGCAGGGGACUCCCUUACUCCAUGCUGCUCCACACUGAAUUCCCCUUCAGCAGCUGCAGGUCUUUCUUUGAGCCUGUGUUCCAGCGACCCGGGCUCCCGGACUCUCUCCCUAUGGCCAGGAGCUCUCCUUGGUGCUGACCGUGCUCAACUGGGCCCUGGCAGCAAGGCUCUGGUGCUUCCGGCUUUCUCUGCCACUGGGCCUGCCUGAGGGACUCAAUAAACACAAGCUGAAGGA